GAGCAACGAAUACAUUUUGUGAUAUUUUCAAGCAUCCAUUCGCUAUAAAACAAAAAUUAUUAUUAAAGUAGUGCUUAAAAACAGUGUGACAAAAAGUGCUGAAACGCUUUGGUAUUAAACAAAAUUAUAUUGUCCGAACGAAAUGUUGGAAAAUUCAAUUAACUGGUGAUUAGAUAAUGAAAUAUUAUAAUCAUUAACGGUGAAAACAAGAAAAAGUAGUGAAAAAUUUUUGAAUACAGCAAAAGCCAACUGCUAAAAUAUAAAGGAAAAGUGAUUUAUCAGCCACGGGAAAACUUAACGCGCUUGGAUUAAGGCGAAAAGGCAGCCGAAUAGCGUAAAAAUUAAGACAACCCACGCCGGCUGAAAAUGCUUUAAACAGCACGCAUUAACAGCAACUUCAAAUAAUUGUGAUCACGCCGCGUUUACAACAAAUGCCACAAGCUUGCCGCAACAACAGAGUUGAGCACUAGCAUAGACACUGCCCGUGCAGUGUAGACAACAAGGUUUACGUGCGAGACACAGUGCGCGCAUUUUAAUUAACAUAAACCUGACAUAAACACCCCGAAAACGCGGCGACCUGAUGACUAUGGCAGAAGGCACCGACCCCAUGGGGCAUCAGGCGGGCUCCCAUCACAACCACCAUCACACCCAUCACAAUCAACACAGCCACCAGCACCAGCACCAGCAUCCGCAUCAUCAGCAUCCGCACCAGCAGCAGCUGCAUCAGCGCCAACCAACGUCACAUCCUCAUUACGCGCCUUAUGCUGCCGCUGCCGCCGCCGCCGCCGCUGCGGCACAUAUGCAACAGUAUCCGUUGCCGCAACAUUUGCCAUUGGCGCUUAGCUUGCAACAGCAGGCUGCUGCUGCGGCGGCGGCGGCCGCGGUGGCCGCUGAGCAUGUGAACAACAAUCAGCCUUUCGUGGCCAACAACAAUGUGCCGUGGAAGCAGCGCAAGCGGAAACGCUUGUCGGCCGUGUUGGAUAAAUUGCAUAAUCACAACAAUAACAAUAAUAAUAACAACAACAGCAGUGGUGGUGGCAGCAUGCAUAAUGAUGGCGGCGGUGGCGGCAGCAAUAACAAUAACAACAACAAUGUUGGUGAACACGGUAAUCACAAUCACAGUCAUGCGGAGCCGAUGGACGGCGAUGAGGAUGUCGAGAAUGAGGCUAAUUAUAAGCACAACAACAAUAACAGCGGCGGCAACAAUAAUGUGUGCGCGAAACGUCAAAACUGCGGCAACGAUAGCGGGAAAGCGUUAACGCGUAACAAGCGCACCAUCAGUGAAGUAAGCGGUGAUGAGGCUGAGGCCGAGGCUGAGACGGAAGCCGAUGUCGAUGCGGUGUCUGAAGAUUUAUCUCUUGAAAAUGAUAGUCCACGCAUCAGCAUGAGUCCACUGCAGUUGGUCUCGACACAUGAUAGUCCAUCCGGUGGUGCUGCGUCACAACAUCCCGCUGUCGCCGCCGCUACAACGACACCCAGCGACAAUCCGCUGCAUGUCGACAUCAAGACUGAGCACAUGCAUAAUCCCUAUGACCGUUACUUUCCCAUACCGUCGCCGCUCUUUGGCUACUACUUACAUACCAAGUAUUUGAAUGAGGUGUUUCGCCGACGGCAGGAUCUCUACACAUCACCAAUGCAGCAUACACCUUCGUCGAUCGCUUCAUCGAUUGCUGAUGAGACCUCACCGACAAGCUUGCCAAAUGCCGGCGCUCAUCUCGACCAUCCGCCUCCGCCAUUUCCACCAACCUCCACAGCUACGGCACGUGUUGCAGUCGGCGGUCCGGGGCGUUCACCACCGCCCGCCGUCACCGUCGCACUACCCUCGCCACCACGUAGUGACUCGUCGCUCACUGCUGCCGCCACAGCCAAUACACGUUGCAGCCCUUCGCCGGCUACGCAAGCCAACACUUCGGAUCCGGCCAUAAUGCCGCCACCACAAGAGCGUCCAUUGGAUUUGUCUGUACGCAGCGGUGGCAAUACGCCCACCUAUGAGCUGAUGGGUGGCAAAAAGUACAAAUCGCCCUCACCUUUGCCGGCGACCACACUGAUGUUGCCACCAGCGCAGCAACCCGUUUCGGCUACGGUGAGCGCCGCUUCGAUGUCGCCAAGCCAAAGCACGUUGAAAACGAGCCCAGCCAAUAGCAGCAACCACAGCGCCAAUCAUGCACCGUUAGCCAGUUCUCCAGCACCUGUUUCGCCGUACGCUGCCGCUGCUGCUGCUGCACAUGCUGCUGCCGCCGCGGCCGCAGCUAUGAUCAAGCUCGAAAUGCCAAUACAUCCAUUGCAUCCGCACGCACCCACCACCACGGUGGGCGUGCCCGUGAUCAAGGGUGACGUCGCAUCGCCCACCACUAAGGAAUCGGUCGCAUGGCGUUACAAUCUCGACGUCUCACCCGUGGUGGAGGAGAUGCCACCCGGUUCGGAUGUGGCUUACGUCUGUCCUGUUUGUGGGCAGAUGUUCUCGCUGCACGAUCGCCUAGCCAAACAUAUGGCAUCGCGCCACAAAUCGCGUAAUCCUGCCAAUGAUAUCACCAAAGCCUACUCGUGCGAGGUGUGUGCGCGCUCAUUCGCACGCUCUGACAUGCUGACACGCCACAUGCGUCUACAUACCGGUGUCAAACCGUACACAUGCAAAGUGUGUGGUCAAGUGUUCUCACGUUCCGAUCAUCUGUCUACGCAUCAGCGCACACACACCGGCGAGAAGCCGUACAAGUGUCCACAAUGUCCGUAUGCCGCGUGCCGUCGGGACAUGAUCACACGCCACAUGCGUACACACACGCGUUACGAGACACAACAGCGUGGCGGUGGUGGUGGCGCAGCUGGCGGUGGAGGUGAGCUGGGUGGACCCUCCAAGUCACCGCUGCCACUACUCGCCGACAUGAAGAUGAACUUACCAAUGCUGUUGAAGAGCGAGGAGUUGGCGGGUAAAUCACCGAUGCACAGCGGUAUCGGCGGUUCCAUGCCGAUCGUGGUGAAGACAGAGAGCGCUUAGUGGCGGCUGCGACGCGCAUACAGAGGCUGCAAGACGUAGAAGCGCGCGUGUUGGCUCUCCCAUGGAGGGCUGCUUCGAGGAGUCGGAACAGAAAGACACUUGUAGGAGACAACGGCAGACGUAAACGUAAGAUAUGAAAUGACAAACUAUAUAGUUUAAGCGUAGAGAGUAGCUAAGUAACGUGUACGUGAGAAGACGUAGACUAAAAAAAGAUAAAAUUUAUAUUUUAUUUUUCGAAAAUCUCUUUGUGAAGACUGAGACUAAUUUAAGCAUAACAAAAUGAAUUUAAAGAAAAUUUUCAUUUUUAAGUAAACAUAUUGAAAUUGAAUGCGAGAGUUGCUUCGUACAGGUGCUGGCCAACAAAAUUUGGCGAGUUGCCUAACUUGAGUGUAAAAAGCUGAUAACUGUGUGGUGAGCUUGUGAUUGCUCUGGUGAAUUCGGAAAUUUGUGUAGAAAAGUUUGUACUAUUGUCAGCAUAAUUGACAGUUGUGCGAGCUUUUUGUAAAAGCUUUUUUAGUGAAUGCGUUUUUAGUGAAAGCUCUUUAAGUGGAAGCUGUUUUAGUGAAAGCUU